CCAACUACCCCUCUAAAAAUAAGAAACAAAAUGCUCACCAACCAAGCACGACUCCCGCCAACAACCAAGUUCCUUAUUCUUCUCCGCUGGGUCACUCAGUUGUCUCGGCUUGUAAAAUGUCAUCGUCUUCCCUCAAGCAAUCUCAGGUCAUCACCUGCAAAGCUGCGGUGGCCUGGGGAUCUGGUCAACCAUUGGUGAUGGAAGAAGUUGAAGUCAGCCCUCCUCAACCUAUGGAAAUCAGGGUCAAAGUUGUCGCCACUUCUCUCUGCCGCACUGAUAUCACUGCCUGGGAAUCUCAGAAUAUAUUUCCUCGGAUAUUUGGCCAUGAAGCAUCGGGGAUUGUCGAGAGUGUGGGGCAGGGAGUAACUGAAUUUAGUGAGGGGGACCAUGUGCUUACAGUAUUCACAGGAGAAUGCUUCACAUGCAGACAAUGUGUAUCUGGUAAAAGCAACAUAUGCCAAGUAUUGGGCUUGGAGAGGAGAGGUUUAAUGCAUAGUGAUCAAAAGACACGCUUCUUCAUAAAAGGAAAGCCUGUUUAUCAUUAUUGUGCAGUUUCUAGUUUUAGUGAAUAUAUCGUUGUUCAUUCUGGAUGUGCUGUCAAAGUCAACUCCGAUGUCCCUCUAGACAAAAUAUGCCUUCUAAGCUGUGGAGUAGCUGCAGGUCUGGGUGCUGCUUGGAAUGUUGCUGAUAUAUCUAAAGGAUCAACUGUUGUGAUAUUUGGUCUUGGAACAGUAGGCCUUUCUGUUGCACAAGGUGCUAAGCUUAGGGGAGCAUCUAGAGUAAUUGGUGUAGACACAAAUCCUGAAAAAAUUGUAAAAGCAAGUGGUUUUGGAAUCACAGAAUUUUUCAAUCCUAAUGACUGUAGCGAACCUAUUCAGCAGGUUAUUAAGCGUGUUACAGAUGGAGGAGCAGAUUACUCCUUUGAGUGUAUAGGUGACACUGGAAUGAUAACUACAGCAUUGCAAUCAUGCUGCGAUGGAUGGGGUAUAGCUGUCACACUUGGUGUGCCAAAAGUAAAACCAGAAGUAUCCGCUCACUAUGGAACAUUUCUAUCUGGGAGAACAUUAAAAGGAUCUCUAUUUGGAGGAUGGAGACCUAAAUCGGACCUUCCAUCAUUAGUUAACAUGUACAUCGAGAAGAAAAUUCAGAUUGACGAGUAUAUAACACAUAAUCUGGCAUUUGGGGAUAUCAAUAAAGCUUUCGAUCUCAUGAAAGAGGGCAAGUGCUUGCGCUGUGUUAUUCACAUGUGAAAGUAUUUCUUCUUGGUUCAACAAAAUUAUAAAUUGCAGAAAUUGCAAUGAUGGAAUAUGUUCUUUGUAAUGAUCGAACCUGUUGUGAAAUAUGACCAAUUUAUGAUAGCACAUUUGGUUGAAGAAGACUAAUGAUUCUGACUUAAAUAUUUAUUUUUAUGUUGUACCCUUAUUCUUACCACCUUUUGCUUCCCUUCUCAAUAUAUCCAUUGGAUUAUGGUUGUUUGAGAGGCACCUCGUACUCACUCAUGAUGAAUGGGCGAAUUCAAGGUCAAUAUUAAGGGUGAGAAAGGUCUUAAAAAAAGAACCUAUCUCCCUUUACUCUUUAUCUUGAUGAUGGAGUAUUUGACUCACCUUAUCCAACAAGCUCCUGGAAGAGGAAAUUAAGCUGAGAAGGCCUAGAGGUUGCGUGAUAACUCUUGAAUAAAGAGUUAUUUGUCAUUUUUUUUUAGCUUAAUUUGUGUGUAUUUUAUUUAUAUUUAGUUCUUUUCCUCCCAUUUUGUGAAAAUAUAUGUUAUUUUGUAUUUUUAUAUUCUUUUGGGUAAUUUGGAGUUGUUAGUGAGAAUUA